AUGACGAGGAUCUUCGUGCAGCGCGGGACCGCCGGCUCCUCGUCCAGCUCCGGUCGCUCGGGCUCGCAGCCAGCGCAGCAGCCGGCAGCAGCUGCCCGGGAGGAGGAGUUGCCGCUGCAACCUCAGCCACAGCUGCCGGAGCUGUUGGCCAUAGAUGAUACAACUGAGUAUUUAAAUGAGGGCAGCGAGAACAGCAGUAGCAGCAAUAAGCCUUUGAGGGCGGAUGACACCAUUUCAGAGAGCUCGAGCUCCGCAGAGGAGAGGGCUGCCAGGGAGAAGCCUCCUAAGGAUGACUCUAAUGUAAUCAACCCCACUUUCUUAGUAGAGGAACUGACAGGGCUCCAGAUCCCUGAUCAGAUUGAACAUGGAAACUCUGUGCCGUCAGGCACUAGUUCAUCACAGAUGGUGGGUGCAGCAUCGCACCCGCCGCCACCGCCAGCUCCACCUCCAAAACCAUUGUUGGGGAAUAAUGGGUUGCGGAGAAUGGGGCCUGGAAGUUCGAACAGUGUGCGGAUUGGAUCUUCAAGAAGGCCAGUAGUUUGGCCACCAGUGGCAGCCCGGACAUCUGCUUCAGGUUCUCGGCCUUCUUCGCCUAGGUCACUCGUCGAUGGCGAAGGUUACAAUAGUGCUGAUGAACAGGGCCCCUGUUACCCCUCAAGUUAUGAUGAUUCGGAAAGGGAGCGUAUGUUUGAGCAUGACCUAAGGCGAGUGAAAGGGUUGGAAAUCAGAAAGAUGGCCGAAGACGGGAACUGUCUAUUCAGAGCUGUUGCUGAUCAAGUUUAUGGAGACGCAGAAGCUUAUGACAUGGCUAGGCAGAUGUGUGUUGAUUAUAUGGAAAGGGAACGGGAUCAUUUCUCUCAGUUCAUAACUGAAAGUUUUACAUUAUACUGUAAGAGGAAAAGGAGAGAUAAGGUUUAUGGCAACAAUGUUGAGAUCCAGGCAUUUGCAGAGAUGUACAAUCGUCCCAUUCACAUAUAUUCCUACAGUGCAGAGCCCAUUAACAUUUUUCAAGGAAGCUAUAACACAGACGUUCCACCAAUUAGGUUGAGUUACCAUCAUGGUAAUCAUUACAAUUCAGUGGUUGAUCCCCGCCGACAGACAGUUGGGGCAGGCCUUGGAUUUAACUCCCUUAGAGGGACCAAUAAUGUUGACAGGGACCAGGUGAAGGCUGCAAUAAAAGCUCAACAAGACCAGCAAAUUGAGAAUGCACUUUUGGCGGAAGGGCGAUUCUACUCCGAUCUGGAGUUAACAGAGAGGGAAAUAGAACGGAUGGUGAUGGACGCCUCACGUUCAGAAUAUCUGGCCAAGGAGAAAAAACUUAACAUUAGGGAGUCAUCGACAUCAGGGGCAGAGCCAUCUUCAUCUGCUGCAAUUAGUGGUUCCUCCCGUUCAGUUGCUGGAGCAGAUAGAGGCAGCGAGGACUACUUUGUGCUCCCAGACACUGUACUGACUCGCAGCAUGCAGUUGCUCCUGGCAAUGGGCUUCAGCUACAUCCAGGUCAUGGAGGCCUACAGCAUAUUCGGUGAGGACGUGGACUCGAUGGUCUGCUACCUGGUGGAGACCGGAGGCACUGGAGCCUCAGCAGGUGGUAGCAAUCGCCGGAAAGGAAAGGCUGCUGAGUGA